AUGCCCCAAAAGCACUCCAAGAACAAUGGCUCGUCCACCUACGGCGUCUUUUCGUAUGGCGAGCGCAAGCAAUGUUCAUUCAUGUCGAGUAUCGACGAGCGCACGGGCGCCGACGCCCAGUUGCCCUUCGGGUGGUGCGCGCUGUCGCUCCAACCGGCAAAGGACCCCGUCUGCACGCCCUCCGGCCACAUUUACUCCCGCGAGAGUCUGCUGGAGCACAUGGUCUCCAAGGGCGACGAGCUGAAGGCCGCGCGCGCCAAGUGGGACGCGGACCGCGCGCGCGAGGCCAAAGAAGCGGGCCAGCAGCGCACCGAGGACGACCGCCAGUUGUUGCUGGAGUUCGAGCAGACUAAUGAUGCUACCACAAGUGCAUCAGCACCGAAACGACAACGUACAGAACACUCGCAGUCCAACUUCGCCCAGGCGGUCCCGACAGGCUCCCACGCUCUGGUCGUCGCGCAGACGUCCAAGAAAAUUGACUUCGAGGCCAAGGACAAACAUAAAACGGAUUUGGCGCGUACUUCGUUCUGGCUGCCGUCGCAGCAGCCCUCUGCCCAAAAAAAGAUCCCGCCGCGACCGCCCAGACGGCCGCCGUCGCCCGUGACCGGCGCUGAACUCAGAUCGAAGGACUUAGUUUCGUUAGAUUUACGACGAUCGUCAGUCGGCAAGGCGUCCCAAAAUAAAAACGACGGUCACGACGUCAGAUUCUUGUGCCACGUGUCUGGCGACGAGAUCACGACGCAGGAGGUGCUGCUCAUCAAGCCGACGGGCUGCAUCAUCUUGGAGCCGGUCGCGCGCAAGUUGAAAGUGUUGGAGGAGAAGCGGUGCCCCGUGACCGGGGCUUCUUUUCGGGACAAGGAUGUGGUGAAAUUGAAGAGCGGCGUCUCGGGCUACGCCGGGUCUGGUGGGGCCGCCUUGCAGGUCAAGGUGCACCGGGCCCAGGGGGGCGGGGCCUAA